AUGCCAGCCACCGCAGGAGAUAAGCGGGGGAAUACACGGCAAACAAUAACAACAACAACUUCAGCGGCAGCCAAACAUACACCUUCACGGUCAUCCAGGCAUGUAAAUGUUCAUUCCCCAUCAUCUACUUUAGAAAAACAACAAAAACAAAAACGACAUAAUGGCGUAGUUGCAUCUUCUUCUCCUCCUCCUCCUUCCUCUUCUACUAUGCGUUUAACUCCAUUGGCUCUUGCACUUCAGGCUCAAUGGACUCUUUUACAACGGAAUAUUCAAUUAGGAUCUAUUCCUGCUACAGCGGAACGUGAAUUGUUAGUGGUGUUGGAAUCACUACCAGAACAUAAGAAUGCCAUUCUCUCUGAUGUGGAAGGUGUACUUCCGUACAUAUUAGCCUUCGCCGUGGCACCUAUUCCAAGUGAACGAACUCAAGUUAUUGCCCUUGGAGCUAUGCACGCCACAGUUGGAUCUCUUAUCGCCGUUUGGGGUAAAAAGGCAGCAGCUGUUUUAGUACAUAAUUUCUUAACAAUAGAACAUAAUGCUCUUCAUGCAUUAGAAGUGACAUUGUCUGUUGCACUUGCUGAAGGAAGAGAAAGAGGGGAAGAAGAAGAAGAAGAAAAACUCAUAGAAGAGGUAGAAUCAAAGAAGAACGGUUUAAAUGAUAAUAAGAAGAAGACAUAUAAAAAAUAUGGUAUGAUGAUCACAGAAACUCGUAGUGCUGUUAUUGGUGGAUCACUUGAAUUGUUAUUAAUGAUGGUAAGUAUCUCCACUCCAACUGCAGCAGCAGCACUUACAUAUCCAAAAUUAAUUCAUUCUAUUCUACGAUGUAUUCCUAUAGCCACAGCCGUACAGGCCUGUGAUAUUGCAAGUAUCUUGCAUACACUCAGUGCCGUAAGUGGAGCCGUAGAGGUAUUGGUGGAAUAUAAGGUUUAUCAUGCGGCUAUACUUUAUAUUCGUACAAGUCUGCGUGGUGGCGUUGGUGUUAUUCCAAAUGCCACAGUAACCGCACUUUGUAUGUUCUUACGUCUAGUGAUACAAUUAACAAAGUCUCCAUCAUCUUUUGCAGUUUUACAAAAUGAUCCCACUAUUCCACAUAUAAUGGAGGAACUUGUUUGUAGUCAAUGGGGAGAAGUGAUGGAGUUGGGAUGUCAAUGGAUCACCACAGUGAUAGAGCAACACACCGCACAGAGUGCAGAGUUAAUUGCGGGUAUUCUUUUCAAAACACAAAUAGGUGAACGACUCUCUACUGUGGUAUUGUGGCAUUCCACGAAUAUUACGUAUGCAUUAGCGGCGGUAUUGUGUUGGAGGUGGUUUGCACUCGCUAACUCCAUAGCGACAGGUUCUUUUAUUAUUUCAAAUCCCAGUGUUUUAUUUCAUUUACUACAAAUACUCGCAACAACGACACCACCACCAUCAUCAUCAGUAAUAAUAACAACAACAACAACAACAACAACGAAUCCUCUACAGUUAGAAGAAGAGGCGGGAGACUUACAAGAGGUAUCUAAUAAAAAUAUUGCUAUUUAUAGACUUCUUAGUGAAGUGAUAUGUACAUUGGGUCUUUGUUACGGUUUGGGAUCAAGAGAAACACGAACAGCUAUGCAUCGAUUAGUACUACAUCGACUUUCAAACGUUACAAAGGCAGAAGUACAAAGAAGAGUCACGUUCAUGUUUGCCAACUUGGAUAAGACAUACUUUGAUAAAUACCCAGCAGUAACGUUAACACAGAAAAGAGAAAGUGUUGGUCGUGAAUCCCUCUCGGAGAGAAAUCUUGCAAAUACUCUUAAUGUGAUAGAUGAUGAUGAUUAUGAUGAUGAUGAGCAUGAAGAGGAAUUUGUGAUGAUAAAGAAGAAAAGGAAGGAGAAUGGAAUUUAUAAUGAUUAUAUAAUGACAGAGACGGGGAAGCAACCACUGGAUAAUAAGAGAGAGCGGGUCCGUUCACUAGAAACUAGUGAAGAAUGGCAUAGUUUCUUGCUGCACUCACUAACACGCCUGUUCCGCGGUAAUGCGCAAGGAGCAGCAGCAGUACCAUUGAUCCAACAACAACAACAACAACAACAACAGUUGGGAAUAAUGGCGGCAGGUCCCUCUGCUUUACUUCGUAUGCCACCAUCAUUAUCAUUACCUGGUAGUGUGGGAAAUAGAUACUAUCAUAAUAAUAAUAAUAAUAAUAAUAAUAAUAAUAAUAAUAAUUGUUAUGCAAAUACUUCUUCCGUUACGGCUAGUUGUAGUGCCGGACCAUCACCAUCCACUCAACGGGGUGUUGUGCUGCGAGCGGAACACAUGGGUGGAAGUUUUUAUCUUGACAGCAUUCGUGUGAUACUUCGACUGGCUCAUCACUAUAAACAUAGCUUUAAGAAACAAGAUCGACACACAACAACAACAACAACAACAGCAACAAGAUCGCACUCAGCAUCAUCAGCCUCACUCUUUGCGGGUGUUGGUUCGGGUUCUGUUCGUAGUGGGCGUCAAGGUAAAACCCCAAAUCCAUGGGCGUUGCCGGAAAAAGUAGACUUCUCACGACGAUGGAGUAUUGAAGAUAUCCAACGCUCAGAUAUUCUUCUCUUUUACAUCUCCUAUGAUAGUAUUGUUGCGGAAUUAGAAGAGGCAGCAGAGGCCGUGGAGGAACACACAAAAUAUCUUUCUCGCUGUCUUCAGGUGUGUCCGACAAAGGCGGUGCUGCGUCGGUGUUUAUUAAAUGAUCUCUACAUGCAUGUUUAUCCAAAAAUUCAUAUGUUUCUUCGCUUUAUUCAACAUCACAUGGCGAGGUCAAGGCCGGUACUUCAAAUUAUCGCCGAUAAAGAACGGGCCAUUCACUCGGGGAAUAUUUUGGAGAUCUACGAGGCGGUGGGGCACUGUGUUGGCAAUGCGGUGGAAGGUGGGAUGGGUUGGGAACAGCACAGAUAG